CAGAGAAAUCCGUCAAGAUGGUCAAGAAGAGGGCGAACAACGGUCGUAACAAGAACGGCCGCGGCCACGUCAAGCCCGUGCGCUGCUCCAACUGCGCUCGCUGCACUCCCAAGGACAAGGCCAUCAAGAGAUUCACCAUCCGCAACAUGGUUGAGUCCGCUGCCAUCCGUGAUAUCUCGGACGCCUCCGUCUUCACCGACUACGCCGUCCCCAAGAUGUACCUGAAGCUGCAGUACUGCGUCUCCUGCGCUAUCCACGGCAAGAUCGUUCGUGUCCGUUCCCGCGAAGGUCGCCGCAACCGUGCUCCCCCUCCUCGUAUCAGGUACAACAAGGAUGGCAAGAAGCUGAACCCCCCUCAGGCCGCCAAGGCUAUGUAAGGAAGGAAUAACCAAAAGAGAAAGAAAAUGGAAUUAGUUUAGGGGCCUUAACUGUUGCUUCUUGAUAUUUUUCUUUUGUGUUGUUGAAACAGACUUCUUUACACGGAUUAAAUGGAAUGAACGGGUUUCAGUUUCGGGGUUGAUUUGAAAAGCAAAAAAGGUUUCCUGGUUUCGCCGGUGGGCUGGAGAGACGAAAUCUAUAUCAGAAACAAAUAACGAAAUUCUAAGCUUCAGGUGUCCCGCCCAAAGGUAAUAGGAAACAGAACAGACCUGCCAUUCGUGGACGGAUGUUGACGUGCUGGGGGAUCGCUUCGUUUGCUUGAAGUUCUCGGGCCCGGUAUUGAUCUCCUUGACUUACCAUGGCAUUCAAGGGAACUCGAUUAGAUCUAAUGAAAAAUGGAAUGACAUGAUCCCAUCAUAGUUUACCAAGUCUUGUUAAUUACGACGAUGUGAGCAAUGCCGUUUGUCGAUAUCUUCUAAUCACUAGUCAUGG